AUGAUAGUUAAAUCGAAUAAUAUGAUGGACAAAUAUUUAAUGCAUAAUGAUAAAAAUAAAUAUGAUGGGAUUUUCAGAAAAAGAAAGCAUUUUUAUAAAAUUCAUUUAGCGAAUACAAGAUAUGAUAUUAUUAGAAGAGUAGUUGAAGAUUCAGUGAAUUGGGUACAAGUUUCUUCAGAUUGCACAGAUUGGGAUGUUAUAUGGCUAGAUACCUCUAUAUCCGAUGAUCGGUUUAGAAAAUUAAAAAAAUUUCAAAAGAUUAAUCAUUUUCUUGGAAUGAAAGGAAUAACAAGAAAAGAUGAAUUAUGUAAAAAUUUAAAAAAGAUGAAAAAGAAUUUUCCUCAAAGUUAUAAUUUUUUUCCGCCGACAUGGGUUUUGCCUAAUGAAAUUUCCGAUUUUAAAAUUUAUUUUAAAAAAAAAAAAAACAAAAAUGGAUCUAAAACAACAUAUAUAGUUAAAUUAAAAAAUUCAUGUCAAGGAAAAGGUAUUUAUUUAACAAAAAGUUUAGACAAUAUAAACAAAUAUGAAAGCUGUGUAAUUCAGAAAUAUAUACACAAGCCAUUAUUAAUAAAUGAUUUAAAGUUUGAUAUCAGAUUGUAUGUAUUAGUAACAGGUUGUGAUCCUCUUCGCAUAUUUUUACAUGAAGAUGGAUUAGUACGAUUUUCAAUAGAAAAAUAUAAAUUACCAAAAUCGAAAAAUCUUAAACAAGUAAAUAUGCAUUUAACCAAUUUUUCAAUUAAUAAAAAAUCAGAUAAAUUUGAAAACUCCUCAAAUCCAGAUGAUGCUACGAGAGGUCAUAAAAGAAGUUGGAAAGCAUUUUUACAAAAAUUGAAAGAAGAAGGGUUACCUAUGGAUUCAUUAAUGAAAAAAAUUGAGCAUAUGAUUGUUAAAACAAUUUGCUCUAUACAGCCAGAAUUAAAGCAUUAUUACAAUUCAUCUCAUAUUAGUGACUAUUCUAAUAGUAUGUGUUUUGAGGUACUAGGAUUUGAUAUAUUAUUAGAUUACAAAUUAAAACCAUGGCUACUUGAAGUAAAUCAUUCCCCUUCCUUUAGUACUUGUUCCUUGGUAGAUGAAAAAGUGAAAUAUGCAGUUAUAAGAGAUACUUUAAAUAUUCUAUAUAUGCAUUCAAAAUAUAGAUACAUGUUUAUUCAGGAAUAUAUAAAUUUACAAAAAUUUAGAACAAAAUAUAAUGAUUUAUUAGAAAAACAUAAGAAAGAAUUAAAAGAAAAGUUAAAUAUAAGCCGUUUUCUAUAUGAAAAUAAAAACUUAGGGGGAUAUAAAAGAAUUUAUCCCUUAGAAGAAUUAUUAGAUUAUGAAAAUCUUAUAUUAUUUGUUUCCAAUGCUUGGAAUAAAUCAAUAGGUAUACCUUAUUCUAUGAAAAGAGAUUCUUAUGAAUAUUUAUUUAAGGAAAAUGUGAAGAGGAAAAAUAAAACUAAAGAAAAAUUGUCUAUCCUUGAUCUCCCAACAACUGAAGAGCAAUUAUAUAUGGUAGAAAAUGUGCACUGUAGUAAAUUCUAUUCAACCAUGGAGAACAUAAACAUUAGCAACUGUUCUACUGCUUGUUAG